UUCCCAAACAGCAGGGGCUGUGUGCUUUCACAUAGCAGUACUGUACAAGGAAAACCCCGUCGGAUCUGUUAUUGCGGGAUACUUGUGAAAUAUACAUAGGAUUCUUUCUUAUGGCCGCAUCCCGGAUCUGGAAAUUUUACUUGGGGACCAGGAGGAUUUGAAAGCUACAUAUAUCUAGAAGAUUUGCAAGCAAGACUCCAAUUCUUGUCAUAAACCUUAGACUUCCUCACUUAUCGGCCUUUUUUCCUUCGUUCUUUUUUUAAAAAAAAUAUUUCUUCCCCCUUUUUUUUCUGCUCUCUUGUCUCUCAGUCUCUCCUUUUCUAUCUGCCUCUUCUUUUCUCCCAGUGUUCUUUUUCCCCCCUGCUCUGCACCUGGAUUGUAUCUUCACCAAACAAUCGGGCACUUUGAGAACUAACUGGAGACAGUCUUGUAGGGAAGAUCUGUAUGGAAUCAUCUGCUUUUAUGGUGAACUUGGCAUUUGUGAAUGGGUAUCUUGUCCAUGAUAUUAAUUGCUAGCAAAAACAAGAAAAAGAACACAGGAGUAAAACGUGGAUUUUUCUGAAUACGCAUUGUGAUGACCAGCAAUUACCUUACCGACUGAUAUCCAGAGGAGAAUAAUUUGGAAGACUGUUGUGGGGAGCAUACCUUAAGCACUGGAAGAUGAAAGCUCCGAUUCCACAUUUGAUUCUCUUGUAUGCUACUUUUACUCAGAGUUUGAAGGUUGUGACCAAACGAGGUUCUGCAGAUGGAUGCACUGAUUGGUCUGUUGACAUCAAGAAAUAUCAAGUUCUGGUGGGAGAACCUGUUCGAAUCAAAUGUGCACUCUUUUAUGGUUAUAUCAGAGCAAAUUACUCCCUGGCCCAAAGUGCUGGACUCAGUUUGAUGUGGUACAAAAGCUCUGGUCCUGGAGACUUUGAAGAGCCAAUAGCUUUUGAUGGAAGUAGAAUGAGUAAAGAAGAAGACUCCAUUUGGUUCCGACCAACAUUGCUACAGGACAGUGGCCUUUAUGCCUGCGUAAUCAGGAACUCCACAUAUUGUAUGAAAGUAUCCAUCUCACUGACAGUGGGAGAAAAUGACACUGGACUCUGCUACAAUUCUAAGAUGAAGUAUUUUGAAAAAGCUGAACUUAGCAAAAGCAAGGAAAUUUCAUGCCGUGACAUAGAGGAUUUUUUGCUACCAACCAGAGAACCUGAAAUCCUUUGGUACAAGGAAUGUAAAACAAAAACAUGGAGGCCAAGCAUUGUAUUUAAAAGAGACACAUUGCUGAUAAGAGAAGUACGAGAAGAUGACAUUGGAAAUUAUACCUGUGAAUUGAAAUAUGGAGGCUUUGUUGUGAGGAGAACUACUGAAUUAACUGUUACAGCCCCUCUCACUGAUAAGCCACCCAAGCUUUUGUAUCCUGUGGAAAGUAAACUGACAAUUCAGGAGACUCAACUGGGUGAUUCAGCUAAUCUAACCUGCAGAGCUUUCUUUGGGUACAGUGGGGAUGUCAGUCCUUUAAUCUACUGGAUGAAAGGAGAAAAGUUUAUUGAAGAUCUGGAUGAAAAUCGAGUUUGGGAAAGUGACAUUAGAAUUCUUAAGGAACAUCUUGGAGAACAGGAAGUUUCUAUCUCAUUAAUUGUCGAUUCUGUGGAAGAAGGUGACUUGGGAAAUUACUCCUGCUAUGUUGAAAAUGGAAAUGGACGUCGACAUGCCAGUGUUCUCCUUCAUAAACGAGAGCUAAUGUACACAGUUGAACUUGCUGGAGGGCUUGGUGCUAUUCUUUUGCUGCUUGUUUGUUUGGUGACCAUCUAUAAGUGUUACAAGAUAGAAAUCAUGUUGUUCUACAGAAAUCAUUUUGGAGCUGAGGAACUAGAUGGAGACAAUAAAGAUUAUGAUGCCUAUUUGUCCUACACUAAAGUGGAUCCUGACCAGUGGAAUCAAGAGACUGGGGAGGAAGAACGUUUUGCCCUUGAAAUCCUACCUGAUAUGCUUGAAAAGCAUUAUGGAUAUAAGUUGUUUAUACCAGAUAGAGAUUUAAUCCCAACAGGAACAUACAUUGAAGAUGUGGCAAGAUGUGUAGAUCAAAGUAAGCGCCUGAUUAUUGUCAUGACCCCAAAUUAUGUAGUUAGAAGGGGCUGGAGCAUCUUUGAGCUGGAGACCAGACUUCGAAACAUGCUUGUGACUGGAGAAAUUAAAGUCAUACUAAUCGAAUGCAGUGAACUGCGAGGAAUUAUGAACUACCAGGAGGUAGAGGCCCUCAAGCACACCAUUAAGCUCCUGACGGUUAUUAAAUGGCACGGACCAAAAUGCAACAAGUUGAACUCUAAAUUCUGGAAACGUUUACAAUACGAAAUGCCUUUUAAGAGGAUAGAACCCAUUACACACGAGCAGGCUUUAGAUGUCAGUGAGCAGGGGCCUUUUGGGGAGCUGCAGACUGUCUCGGCCAUUUCCAUGGCCGCGGCUACCUCCACAGCUCUAGCCACUGCCCAUCCAGAUCUCCGUUCUACCUUUCACAACACUUACCAUUCACAAAUGCGUCAGAAACACUACUACCGAAGCUAUGAGUACGACGUACCUCCUACUGGCACCCUGCCUCUUACCUCCAUAGGAAAUCAGCAUACCUACUGUAACAUCCCUAUGACACUCAUCAAUGGGCAGCGGCCACAGACAAAGUCGAGCAGGGAGCAGAAUCCAGAUGAAGCCCACACAAACAGUGCCAUCCUGCCGCUGUUGCCAAGGGAGACCAGUAUAUCCAGUGUGAUUUGGUGAC